UGCUGCCUCCGCCCCGGCGCUGCUGCCGCCUCCUCCCGCCUCUGCGGGGCGGGCCAGGGCGGGUCAUGUGGCCGCCGCCCCGGGGAGCGCCGGGCCGGAGCCGGGCGAGGAGGAUGGCGGGCCGGGGCCGGGGCUGGGCGCUGCUGUCGCCCGCUGCGCUGCUCGUCGUGGCGGAGCUGGUCUGGGCGCCGGACCCGUAUGGAGAAGAGUGCAGGAGUAAAAUGUACCCUCCUUCAGGACCAACGUUCAAAGGGAAUAUACCCACAUAUGUCAUAAAUCUUGAUUUACCUCCCAGCAAAAGAUGGGAUAACCUGAUGCAUGACAAAAAGACAGAGCUGAAGACUGUGGUCCAGAAUAUUAAAGAUAUAGCAAAUACCUUCUUCCCCAGUGGCAAAAUUGUUGACAUAGUGGAUAAAAAAAUAGCUCAUCUGACCGCCACACUUCCUUAUCCUUUCAGUGAAGAACUCCAGGGGAUUGCAAAUUCAUCUGGGAUUCCUUUGGGGGAAAUUGUUAUUUUUAACAUCUUUUAUGAAAUUUUUACUGUAUGUACAUCAAUAGUGGCAGAAGAUAAAACAGGGAAGCUGUACCAUGCCAGAAACUUGGAUUUUGGACUCUUUCUCGGGUGGGAUGUUAAAAAUAAUUCCUGGACUGUAACUCAGGAACUGAAGCCCAUAGUGGUAAACCUGGACUUCCAGAGAAACAACAAAACAGUAUUCAGGUCUACAAAUUUUGCAGGAUACAUAGGCAUGGUGUCUGGAGUCAAACCAGACUUGUUCACUCUGACAAUGAAUGAGCGUUUCAGUCUUGAUGGUGGUUAUAUUGGAAUCUUCGAAUGGUUUCUUGGUAGAAGAGAUGGUAUGUGGAUGGGCUUUCUUACCAGAACAGUAUUAGAAAAUGCUACAAGUUACCAGGAUGCAAAAGACAAACUGGCAAACACAAGGCUGCUGGCUCCAGCUUACUUUAUACUGGGUGGAAAAAAUUCUGGAGAAGGGUGUGUGAUAACUCGUUCCAGGACAGCUACUCUGGACAUCUGGGACCUUGAUAUCAAGAAAGGCACAUGGUACGUGAUAGAAACAAAUUAUGAUCGCUGGAAGCCUCCGCUAGUCUUGGAUAAUCGCAGAACACCUGCAAUGAAAUGCCUGAACCAGACAAUGCAAGAGAACAUCUCCUCACCAGCGAUUUAUGAUGUCCUUUCCACAAAGCCUGUCCUCAAUAAGCUGACUGUGUGCACAACGCUGAUGGAGGUGGAUAAUGGUCACACAGAGACAUACCUGCGGGAAUGCCCAGAUCCCUGCAGCCCAUGGUAGUCCUGCGCCUCUCCUGUGUUGGAAGCUGCUUGUCUGAAUUGGAGGUCCUCCAAGAAAAGAUACUUCUGGACAAAGAUUCCUCAGUCUAACUCUUUUCUUCAGAAAUCUAAUGGCUAUAUAGAAAUGGCAAUGAGCUUCUAACAACGGAGGACCCUUUCUCACACUGGACUUUCUUGCUUUCUGAUCAGCAGUUCUGCUGACAAGAAAUGUGUACUAAUUAUGUCUGGUUUGAUUUCAGCCAUUUCUGCCACGAGUUCAGCAGUUAGCUCUAGAUCUCUUCAGUCCUUACAGUAUUCUUGGUUUGGUGUGUUGUUGGUUCGUGGGUUUGUUGUAUUUUGUUGUUUCGUUGGGGGGUUUUUUAGAUUAAGAUACUUCUAGAGCACAUGCAAGUUAAAAUUGCACCUACCAAGCAUGAAAAAGAAUUGGGUAUUGGAAGGCCCCUGUGACAGUACAGUUCUGUUUGUCUUUCCUUAGCACUUCAGAUGGACUGCUACUGUUCUGGUCCAACAUCAGGAUAUGUCUAAGAUGCCCUGUUAUAAAAUAACCUACCAAGUGUCAUAUCUAGUGACAGAAGUAAGUUCUUGGGGAAAUACCAAAAACAAGAUCUGAGCCAAAAAAUUAUAUAUAGAUCUUUUGCUGAAGCUCGUUCUUGGCCUGUUCACGUUUUUUUUUUUAAUACAGAUUAUUCUGUUGUCUCAAAAAAAUAAAUACUAAUACAAAAAAUA